AUGUUUUCUUCGCCGGUUCGCUCCUUCGCGCCGGUGGUGGGGGAGGCUUUUCCGCCCCGGAACCGCGGAGAUGCUCACCUAGUGCUGCGCCUCAGCAGACCCGGCGGCGCUUUCGCCGCCCGCCGUCGCGGUGGCGGCGGCGGCUACUAUCCCCUUUUCUGCCUCUGUACAUCUUAUUCUUCUCCCUCUUCGUCGUCCUCUUCUUCGCUUCCGCCCCCUCCUCCCCAUUUUACGACCACCACUGCGCCCGUCACGCCCUCCGGGGCGACGGUCGUCACCACUACCACGGCAUCUGCCCCCGCUGGUUCCGCGGGCCCCGUGGUGAAGAAGAGGAAGCGAUACAGGAAGGCGUACCCUGGGGAGAGCAAGGGCAUAGUGGAGGAGAUGAGGUUCGUAGCCAUGCGCCUGCGGAACGACGGGUCUAAAGGUCUUGGCGUCGACAAUGAAGGAGCCUGGGAGGACAGCGGCGCAGAUACAGGGGAAAUGAGCACCGCGGGGGAGGGGGAGACCUGGAAGCCGAGCAUGGAAGGGUUCUUGAAGUAUCUGGUCGACAGUAAACUCAUCUUUGAAACCCUCGAGCGUACAGUCGACCGGUCAGAUGAUGUCGCCUGUGAGCAUACCAACCCUCGAUUCUUCAGAUGCGCUCCUCGAUUCUUUUAUGGUUUUGGCGGGCGAUCUACGUUGGCACCACGCAAAUUUUUUACUGGUAGAUGACCCGGAGAGCAGACUUCACCUUGAAGUGAAAUGCGCCACGUUCCAUUGACUACGCCUUGAAGCAGUACUUGUUGCAUCCCUCUGUGUGUGUGCCACCAUGAAAGGAUCUUUCCAGAGCCCGGGGAAGACUCUUGUCUGCCUAUGGGUAGUUAAAUUAACUAUAGCUUCUAAAAAAAAUAAUGGGUUGACCUUGUGCUAAGCUUGCUCCAUGGAAGCGGCAUUUCCUUCCUUGAUGCUUAUGGUAGAUGGCUUGCUCUGGACUGAAAAUUUAUGAAAGCCCUUGAUGUUGUCGGCUCCUCAUCUCCUGUACACGAGAGCCAUUGGCCUUUUGAAUCACCCUUCACGGCAGGAUCAAGUAGCCGACAGGCCAAGUGAAUCUCUUUUUUCGGAAGAUCUAACUUGAUGGGCAUGACUAUGUGGGCAAUGGCCAUACGUUUUCUAGACAUAAAUGUCAGAGACCACCCCUAACCUUCGUACAUUGAAAUAACCGAUUGUGAGAGCCUUCUUGUUGCCCAAUGAAGAUGUGCUGGGCUUUUAGUCCGUUGUCUGUAUACCGUGUGGGAACAGUUUUACUGGCCGUUGAUAGACGUAGAAUGAGUUUUGCUGCAGUUUGUUUUUCCGGCUGAACUGAUAAUUUCUGUUUUUAUUUGGCAUUCAUUGUAUGGUUCCUCUGUUCCCACGUUUAGAUGCUGUUGGGAGUCGUCAUCCUUGAAUGGCAAUGAAGAGAAGUUUCAUUUGAUGUUACAUUCUGUCAAGUUUUGCUACAUGCUAUCUAGGACUCAUUAUUCAUGAAAAUUAAUGAGGUUUCCCAGUAAAAAAAAAAGAUUGAAAUAUAAUUAUGUCAAGUUUUGCCACAUGCUAUCUAGGACUUUUGUAUUUUUACCAGAUGAUAUCACAUUCAACGUCCAGUAACUGGUUAGCUACCUUUCUUGUAGGACAUUUAGUGAUAUUCUAACGAUUUUUUUUUUACUGGGAAACCUCAUCAAUUUUCAUGAAUAAUGAGGGUUUAAAUGGUUUGGGCGUUGAUGAUACAAAAUGAUUAAAAUUGAGGGCUAGAUUUGGUUCUGGUAUAGUAUUCACCUUUGUGACAUUCAUUUCGUCAUUUUGAAUCGAAUCGUCCUUUUUAAGAGUUUAUUCUUCUAGGCCUGUCAAACAUUUGAGCAUGAAAGGGUUAUUCUAAGAGUUUAUUCCCAUAAAGUCUCAUUCUCCCUGGCAGUUAAAAGCCGUACUCAAACAAGGAUGGAUCCAUGAGGGAUAGAAUCACUUCUUCUCCUUAAAAAUUCUGAGGAGAUAUUAAUGGAAAAGAGAAGUAACAAAAAACCACAUUGAUUUAAUUUUUAUUUUUUUCCUGCAGAUGCUUUUUUUAGGAAGACUGGCUUGGAGAGGUCAAAUUGUCUUUCAAAUGAUCUAGAUUGGUUCAGUGGACAAGGCAUUGUGAUUCCAACUCCUACUUCUCUUGGGACUACAUAUGCUGCUUACUUGAAUGAACUGGCUGAGAGCAGUGCACCGUCAUUCUUAUGUCAUUUCUACAAUAUUUAUUUCGCGCAUGCAACAGGUGGUCUAGCAAUAGGUAAACAGGUAACUAUGCGUCCUCUGGCUUAGUUUUGGUUAUUCUGCUUCAGAAUGUCUAAAUGAAUGGCAUAUUAUUGUGAAAUUAUUGUUUAUUGCUACUGUUGUGACAUAUGGAACUGUUUCAGUCAUUCUAACCUGCACGCAUGCUUACUAUUUAACCUCUCUUUAUUCACCAGCGCUUGUGCUAAUUGGAAACUUUGCUUGCCUGAGAAAUAUUAAAAAAGAGCUGACUUAUCAACUCAUUUGACUCUGGCUCACUUUACCCAAAUGUUCUGCCUAUGCCAUUGUUGUCAAUUUUUUUGGUUCCAGUGCCAUUUAUCACCUUCAAAGCCCAACUGCACAACCUCCUCUGUUUCAGACAUAAUUCAAGUUGGCUAGAGAAUGCCUAUGGCCACUAAUGUCUGGUCAUGACACGACUCCAGAGUGAAUAGCCAAGGUAGACUGAAUGAAGGUAACAUGAGAAAAGCCGAUUAAUUCAUUACGUGAAACAAAAUUAAUAUGUAGGACUGAAAAAAGUUGAAGAACAAAACUCUAAAUAUUAAAUCAAUUGAUGAGACAUGAUAAUUAAUGACACACCUGUCUUAUCCAUAGUAUAAUUAGUCUUGAUACUAAUAAGUGAGAUCUACUUGUUCCAUCCUGACCUGCAUGCUAUUGAUGCUGGUAAAGAGGGAAAUACAACAAAUUGCAUAUUUUCCUGCAAACUGAUAUCAGUAUCACUUCUUUAGGUCCUGCUAUUGAUAAUGGUCUCAGUUUACCUUUUCGUCAGAAAGGUGCUUGAUGUUUCGCUACCUUUCAGCCUGGAAAUCAGCCAGCAUAUUGUUAUUCAUUUCUUUUCUUUUUUUUGAUGGCACAAAGCUUUUCGUGAAAAAGCAUCCUUGGGUGUGGGGUCUUUAAUGAAAUUUAUCCAGGGAAAAGAUCAGUUAACUUGGAUUAGGCGUUGACAAAAGCUGUGUUAUCACUUUAAAUGCCAUUUGUGACAUUGAUUAGCCAUCCUCUGUAUUUCGUCGGGAAUGGAUAUGUAGGUGUCCUAGUACAUGGGGAAUAUUUAUCCAAUAAAGGUUUUAGGCACUAAUCUAUGGAUUAGUUCACAAGUGGACAGAUAUGCUGUUGCAAUUGAUGAGGUGCAUCACAUAAAAUGAAUGCAAUUGUCCUUGUCAACAUGAUAUUUCUAGUUUAUAUCUUUCUUGCAUUGUCUUGUUGGCUAAUAAAGGAAUUUAGUUACCAGGUUGGGCACUAAUUUAUCCUGGUAAGGUUUUAGGUGCUAUUUUAUGAAUUAUUUCACUAGUGGACAUAAAUUUUCUGUUGCAAUGGACGGAAUGCUUCAGAGAAAAUGAAGGCAAUAUUCCUUCUCAACGUGAUAUUUCUACUUUAUAUCAUUCUUGCAUCUCCUUACUUGGUUUGGUAAUAAACGAAUUUUAACUCCCAAGUUACGGAAAAAAUAUGCCAAUGAAGUGGUGUAUUGAGUGCAAAUAACGUGGGAAAUGCUAUUGAAAAUGUUUCAUUUUGGACUUUAGUGAUUAAUAUUAUGCCGUGGAUUGUGAUGUGGCAUAACCAAUCGAGAGAUGAGGCACUCUACUCUCUGCCUGUAUAUUGGAUCAACCUGAAUUCGUUUUGGGGUAUCCUUUUUGUUUGCAUUCUGGCAAAAGCUCCCAUUCAGAAGAUUUAUUCUGUUAUAACUGCUUAACCAUUCAUAGACUUGUUUUCUCAAAUAGAUUAUGGGACUAUGGAUCAACCUGUAUAUUUGAUGCAUGAGUAUCUUUUAGAUGAAAACUACAGAAAAUUAGGGACUAUGGUGGACAUUUAGCUGUUAGGUUUAGGCAAGCUUGGUUAGCAAAAGUUUCUUUUCAGUCCAUGAUUUGAAUCUUUUACUGCUAUUCUUGGUCAAGCUGCAAAUUCGAAGAAUUAUGCCCUUCCUACUCUUAUUGACAACCACAAAUUCCGUUUGAGGCCUUGCUAUUUGAGCCUUUAGAUUAUAAUAUUGUUCAUUGAAGAUUUCAAGACGUCAUUUUAAGCAAUACUUUAGAUUUGAUUUCAUUCCUCAUCAAAUAGCAUUUUAUAAAUCCUUUGUUUUCUAGUGUACAUGACCCAAAAAGGUCUCUCUCUCUCUCUCUCUCUCUCUCUCUCUCUCUCUCUCCCCCCCCUCCUUCCUUUCCUUUUACAGUUCAAAGUUAUGCGAAUGGCAGUAUUCAUUCUUAAAAUGUGAGAUAAUAAAGUGAGACUGCUGUAAUUUUUUUGCUCUGAAAGUCAUCAGACCUCGAAUUGGCUUGGAAGAUCAUGUCAUCGUGUAUAUGAGUGGGUUACAGCUUGCAGUCUGAGUCAAGAAGAUAGUCAUUGCAAUUGUUUUUUUAGAUGACUUUACUGUCAGAGGAACACAAGAGGAUGUCAGAGAAACUUAAAGAAGUUUGGCCUGAUAGUAGAACGCCUCCUUUGGAAAUGGAGGAUAAUUAUCAUGGAGAUGUAGAGAACAGUUCAGCAAAACUGUAUUUCCUGAGUGAAAUUUCUGAUUGAAGUACUGCUUUUAGUGUAUGGUUUGAUAUUUUGUAUUUCUUUUUGAUCUCUUCCAUGGUUCACUAAAAGAAUGAUGUCUUGGUCCACACAAUCUCCAACUCGUGGCUGAAUAGAGCUGAGUCAAGUUUCGGCUAAUCUUUUAAGUGGAAAUUAACUUGUUCUCAACUUUUAAGUGGAUUCUCUUAUUCACGAAUGAUUGCAUGGUAAAAGGAAUGUGUGAGGAGCAUAUUGUUGCGAUUUGCAUCAGAAGAUCUAAUGAUCUUCCAAGUAACUCCUUGUCCCAGCUUGUAAGCCUUUUCGUCAUUCCUCGUGCAUAGGUUUCUGAAAAACUCCUUGAAGACCAGGACCUCGAGUUCUACAAAUGGGAGGAGGACGUCUUUGAACUGUUGCAAGGUACAAGAGAAAAACUCAAUAAACUCGGAGAGGUAUGAGCCUACUGUGACUACGAUGUCUACAAAUUUUUUAGGCUUCUUGUGGUCAGUUAAACUAACGUAAACGUCGAUGAUCUGCUGCAGCACUGGUCUCGAGAUGAAAAAAACAGGUGUCUAAGAGAAGCAGCCAAGUGUUUUCGUUUUCUGGGUCAGAUUGUUCGGCUGAUCAUUCUUUAG